CAACCUGGUCAGGCGAAUUUGAGCAAGACGCACAGAGGCAGGUGGCUGAACAGUGGGGAGAUGGAUAAUGGCUACGGCUGCUGCUGCUCUCUGGGGCCCUGAGAUGCUGAGCAAAAGGCUUGCAAAACUGCCUACCAUGGAAAGGGUGCUACUACUGCUGCUGCUGCUGCUGUUGGUGGGCAGUGCGCUGGCUCAGGUGGAGGCCUGCCCUUUCCACUGCGUUUGCCAAAACCUCUCCGAGUCCCUCAGUACACUCUGUGCCAACAAGGGGCUGCUCUUCAUCCCCCCCAACAUUGACCGGCGGACCGUGGAGCUGCGCCUGGCCGACAACUUCAUCCAGGUAGUGGAGCCGCCAGAUUUCCUGAACAUGACAGGCCUCGUGGACCUGACCCUCUCUCGGAACACCAUCGACACCAUCCGCCCCUUUGCCUUUGGCGACCUGGAGAGCCUCCGCUCCCUCCACCUGGACAGCAACCGCCUCACUGAGAUCAAGGAAGAGGCUUUGCGGGGCAUGUUGAACCUUCAGCAUCUCAUCCUGAACAACAACCAGCUGGUGGACAUCUCAGUGGCUGCCUUCAAUGAUUUCUUGUUGACCCUGGAAGACUUGGACUUGUCCUACAACAACUUGCACCGUGUCCCUUGGGAGGGGAUCCAGGGCAUGCUCUGUCUUCACACACUCAAUUUGGACCAUAACCUGAUUGACUUUAUCCUGGAAGGAGCCUUCGCUGAGCUUUACAAGCUCUCCAGGUUGGAUAUGACCUCCAACCGCCUCUACACACUGCCUCCCGAUCCACUCUUUGCCCGCUCUCAAGUUGGGAUCAUCAGCCCGACACCAUACACCUCCACCAUUGUGCUCAGCUUUGGCGGCAAUCCCUUGCACUGCAACUGUGAGUUGCUGUGGCUGCGGCGCUUGGUGCGAGAGGAUGACAUGGAGACCUGCGCCUCCCCUCUGCAGGUAGCCGGCCGCUAUUUUUGGUCAGUACCUGAGGAGGAGUUCACAUGCGAGCCACCUCUCAUCACCCGCCACACCCACAAGCUCUGGAUAUUGGAAGGCCAACGGGCCACCCUGAGGUGUCGAGCCAUUGGGGACCCUGAGCCAGUGAUCCAUUGGGUCUCUCCCGAUGACAAAAUCAUUUCCAACUCCUCCAGGACUGUGUCAUUCCGCAACGGUACCCUAGACAUCUUGGUGACUACCAUCCGUGAUGACGGGGCCUACACCUGCAUCGCCAUCAAUGCUGCUGGGGAAUCGACAGCCACCGUGGACCUCAAAAUCAUCCCCUUGCCUCAUCGGGGGAAUGGCACCAUCACUGUGCUGCAACAGGACCUGGGCUUGUCUGAUAUUGCCACUUCAGCCAAGGCGUCAGCCAACGCCACGGAGGGAGGCUCUGAGAGGAGAGUGGAGGUGUCCGACGUGACAGCCACGUCAGCCCUGGUGCACUGGGUGGCUGACAAGUCGGCCCACGCAGCAUGGAUGUACCAGAUCCAGUACAACUGCACUGUGGACGAUGUGCUCAUUUACAGGAUCAUUCCUGCCAGCAGCCGGCAUUUUGUCCUCCAGCAUCUCGUGCCCAGUGUGGAUUACGACUUGUGUGUCUUGGCCAUCUUUGAUGACGUGGCCACAUCCUUGGCAGCCACACACCUUUUGGGCUGUGCUCAGUUUGCCACGCGGGAGGCCUAUCCGGAUUGCCACUCGCUGCAUGCCCACUUCCUAGGUGGGACCCUGACAGUGAUCGUGGGAGGCAUCAUUGUGGUGACACUGCUGGUUUUCAUGGUGGCCAUGAUGGUGAAGUACAAGGUCUGCAGCAGCGUCCACGGGAGCCUGCCCAAGGUCACCAAUGUCUACUCACAGACCAACGGGGGGCACCCCAAUGGGCUGCCCCUCCAGCGGACACCCCCCAAAGAGCGUGGCCCGAAGCAUCGGCGGCAGGCGCAGGCCAAGGCCGCUCGACUGCAAGGCAACGAGCACAGGACGGGGGCAGGGGCGGGGAGAGCGGCCUGCAGGCCUCCUGUCUCUGCCAAGACCAAGCGCAGCAACUCCCUGGAUAUGGGGGGCAUCUCGUCGCCUAACCCUUGCUACAGCUACGCCAAGCGACUCAGCUCCAUGUGGACCAAACGCAGCCAGUCCGUGCAUGGCAUGCUGGUGCAGUGCACGGCCCCCGAGGACCACAAUGCCAUGCGGCUGGGGCCCUUCCUCAAUGCAGAUGAGUUGGAGGAAAGUGUGGUAUAGCCCUCAGCCUGGCUUUCUGGGAUGGGGGAGAACCCUUGGGCCACCCAAGACGC